ACGAAUAACUUAUAGUACAAGCAGCUAAUUGUGUUGAUUUUGAGCUUUCUAACCCACGCUUUAAACCUUUGCUUUAGACUUUAGAGGCCUCCAUCUCUGCCUCGAGCCACAAAGUUGGAAAAUGUUCAUUCUUUAAUCUCCAAUCUCGCAACAAAACCCUUGUUUUCCUCUGAACACAGUUCCUCCAAAACCUCAAAUAUCUCUCUCCCUCUCGGUCUCUCUAUUCUCUCUCUCUCUCACACACACUCCCUUUUAAAUGUUCUCUGAAGUUUUACGAAAAACUCCGUAAGUCCAUAACCCUAAUGGAUUCAUCAGAAAAGCCUAGCACCACUAGAAGCAAAUUUUCGAAAACAUUCCACAAAGUUAUCACUCUGAAAUCAGCCACAAAAAAUCUCUCAGGCAGUGGGUUUUGCUUGUCCAUUCCCCACGAUAAAUCGAAAAAAGGCCAUGAGGUUACCAAAGACGAAUCAAGAUCAAGAAACAGGGCAGCCUUGGAAGCUUUUAUAUCGAAACUUUUCGCUACCAUUUCAACAAUCAAAGCUUCAUAUGCAGAGUUACAAAUGGCUCAGUUUCCAGAUUACAACAUGGAUGGGAUUCAAGCUGCAGAUAAAGAUAUAGUUGAUGAAUUAAGAACACUAUCAGAGCUUAAACACAGUUUCUUGAACAAAAAUUUCAAUUCUUCACCACCCCAUGUCACAAUCUUGCUCACAGAGAUUCAGGAACAGCAGAGUCUAAUGAAGAUGUAUCAGAUUACAAUCAAGAAAAUUGAAGGCCAGCUUGAAGCCAAAGAAACCGAAAUUUCGUCUCUUGGGAAAAAUCUUGAAGAAACAAUUUCGAUCAACAAAUCACUCGAAAAAACACUGAAUUCAAGUGGGUGUUUUUCAGUUCUUGAUAAUAUAAAGAUAUCAUCUUGCUCACCAAAAGAUUUCAUCUUAGUCCUACAUUAUGCAUUGAAAUCUGUGAGAAACUUUGUCAAGAUUUUAGUGACUCAAAUGGAGAAUUCGAACUGGGAUUUCGAUUCUGCAGUCCAUGCCAUACAUCCCUAUACACAAUUCUCGAACAGAACACAUCAAUGUUUUGUUUUCGAAUCAUUUGUGUGCCAAGAAAUGUUCAAAAAUUUCGAUACACCCGCUUUUUCUUUGCUAAAUGAUCAGUACUUCCCCUACUAUGUUGAUCAAUUUCGAAAACUAAAAUCAGCCAAUGCUGUUCAUUUCUUGAACCAAUACCCAAAUUCAUUGUUCGGGAAGUUCACUAGAUCAAAGUAUCUUCGGUUAAUUCAUCCGAAAAUGGAGGCCUCAUUUUACGGAAAUUUGAACCAACGAAAGCUCGUGAACUCUUGGGGGUGCCCGGAAACAACUUUUUUUGCUGCGUUUGGCGAAAUGGCUAGAAGAAUUUGGAUUCUACAUUGUUUGGCAUUCUCCUUUGAUCAAGAAGUAAGUGUUUUUCAAGUGGGGAAGAACUGUCGAUUUUCAGAAGUGUACAUGGAGAGUGUGACAAGCGAGGUGUUCAUGGACCGCGACAGCGAAGUUUCGGUGGCCUUCACGGUGGUUCCCGGGUUCAAGAUUGGAAACAUGGUGGUGCAGAGUCAGGUGUAUUUAGCUCCGGCGGAUUAUUAAAAAUAUAUUAGAGCUUAAUUUUAAGUUGUACAGUAAGUAGAUGGUGAAGGUAGAUGGUAAAAUACAUAAUACUCAUGGUUAAUGAUCAUAAUAAUAAUCAUGUAUCGCACCUGUAUUUCUUGUUUUGAUUAUACAUGAAAAGAUACAAUAAUAGCAGGCAAGUCAAUACCUCA